AUGGGGAGUUGCGUAUCAACACAUGGCAAAGGCAUCCGAAAGAGAUCAAGAGAUCCUCACCACAGCAACAAUAACAAACACAACAAAACCGCACCUGAUCAAGACCACGAGCCCACAACCCCGCCCGCGCCGCGUAGGUCUAGCGUGACAUCGCGUCCACUAAACGUCGUAACAAAUCCAAGUCCAGGCAGCAUAUUUGAUAAAUAUGACUUAGGAAAAGAGCUUGGAAGAGGAGAGUUCGGCGUGACUGUGCGUUGCGUGGACCUAGAAACGGGCGAGGCGUUUGCGUGUAAGAAGAUAGCAAAGACGAAGCUCAGGACGGAGAUUGAUAUUCAGGAUGUGAGGAGGGAGGUUCAGAUCAUGAAGCAUUUGCCUCAACAUCCUAAUAUUGUUGCUUUUAGAGAGGCUUAUGAAGAUAAAGAUGCUGUUUAUCUAGUUAUGGAAUUGUGUGAAGGUGGUGAACUUUUCGAUAGGAUUGUUGCUAAAGGUCAUUAUACAGAAAGAGCGGCCGCCAAUGUUGCCAAAACCAUUCUUGAAGUUUGCAAGGUGUGUCAUGAACAUGGUGUGAUACAUAGGGACUUAAAGCCUGAAAAUUUCUUAUUUUCAGAUGCAAGUGAGACAGCUUCACUUAAGGCAAUUGAUUUUGGUCUUUCCACUUUUUAUGUAACUGGCGAUAGAUUCAAUGAAAUUGUUGGAAGUCCUUAUUAUAUGGCUCCGGAAGUUUUGAGACGUAACUAUGGACAAGAAAUCGAUAUUUGGAGCACGGGCGUUAUUCUUUAUAUUUUGCUUUGUGGUGUUCCACCCUUUUGGGCAGAAACUGAAGAAGCCAUAGCGCAGGCGAUUAUCCGGGGUAAUGUAGAUUUCACAAGAGAUCCUUGGCCUAAAGUUUCUGAAGAAGCAAAAUACCUUGUUAAGCGUAUGCUUGAUCCAAAUCCAUACACUAGAAUCACAGUUCAAGAAGUUCUUGAUCAUACCUGGAUACAACAUAGGGAGCAUGGUAGAAAUGUUUCUCUUGGAGACCAUGUGAGAAUGAGGAUCAAGCAAUUCUCGUUGAUGAAUAGAUUCAAGAAGAAAGUCCUUAGAGUGGUGGCUGAUAACUUACCAGAUGAACAAAUUGAUGGACUUAGAAAACUGUUUGAUAUGAUGGAUAAGGACUGCGAUGGAGUCUUAACUUUUGAUGAGCUGAAAGACGGCUUUACAAUGAUUGGACAAGUUAUUCCUGAUCCUGAUAUUCAAACAUUAAUAGAUGCUGCAGAUUCUGAUGGGAACGGCAACUUGAAUUGCGAAGAGUUCAUCACAAUGAGUGUUCACUUGAGAAGAAUUGGAAAUGAUGAGCAUCUCACCGAAGCAUUCAAUUUCUUUGACAAGAAUAAGAGCGGAUAUGUUGAGUUUGACGAGUUAAAAGACGCCUUAUCAGAUGAUGAUUCAACCGACGACCAGGUGGUCAGAGACAUUCUAAAUGAUGUUGAUUUGGAUAAGGAUGGUCGAAUAAGUUUUGAGGAGUUUAGGGCAAUGAUGACGACAGGAGGAGAUUGGAAAAUGGCAUCUCGACAGUAUUCAAGAGCAAUGCUAAAUGCAUUAAGUUUCAGAAUGUUUAAAGACAAAUCUGUGGGAGUAGUAACUAACUAA